AUGCCCAGGUCCACCAGAACGACGGGUGGAAGACAUCCUGAAUCUAAUCGAGAAUAUGACACGCAGUCAUUAACUGCGAGUGUAACCGAAUACCCCAUUGAAAAUGGCAGAACAUACCACAGAUACCAUGAAGGCUCAUAUGUAUACCCUAAUGAUGAGCGGGAACUAGAUCGUCUGGACAUGCAGCAUCACAUUUGUAAAAUGUUAAUGGGAGAGCGCUUAUUCUUUGCUCCCUUAAUAAACCCCCAGCUUAUUCUGGACAUCGGUACUGGUUCUGGGAUAUGGCCUAUAGAGAUUGCGCCCCUCUUCCCACAUGCCCAAAUCACAGGGACUGAUCUUUCUCCUUGCCAACCAAAUGAGGUUCCCGAGAAUGUCCACUUCAUUGUCGACGAUAUAACAGAAGACGAGUGGCUAUGGGACCGCAAUUCCAUCGACUUCAUUCACACAGGACACCUUUCAGGGGCGUUGCCCUCAUACAAAGACCUUAUACGGAAGAUGUACAGCCACCUCAAGCCUGGCGGUUGGGCUGAGAUUCACGAAUUUGAUACAAUGGUGAAGUCUGACGACGGAACAUUGCCACCACUAGACGAGUCCAACUUCAGCACAUACCCAUUCCAAGACUGGCUUGAUCUGCAAAUACAAUCAGGCCACGCGACCAACCCUCCGAGGCAAUUCCGAGUAGCGCACCGUCUUGGCCGUGGAAUGAGAGAACUCGGCUUCGUUGAUGUCCAAGAACGCAUUUUCAAAGCGCCUGUGAAUCCAUGGCAUCCCGAUCCGCACCUACGUAGCGUUGGCCAGUGGAUGGAGACGAAUGUCUUAGAAGCUUUGUCGGGGUGGUCAUAUAAACCUUUGCUUAUAUUGGGGUGGUCCAAGCCGGAGAUUGAAGUCUUCUUGGUUAAUGUUCGACGGAGCAUCCAGAACCGUAAUGUCCAUGCUUAUUUUAAUUUUCAUGUCAUAAUAGGAAGGAAACCACAUCCUGGGGAACGAGUAAGAUGA